UUACGGAACAAAAGCAGCCAGAGACUCCGUGGAAGCAGAGGGAACACUUCUCCUCUAUAGAUUUCACUCUCUUUUUGGAAUAAAGCUUUAACAUGCUGCUGCUGAUCCUGUUUGCUGGGUGUUUGGCCUCAUGUGCUGCACAGAGUACAACAACAACACCACCACCACCAACAACACCAACGACAACACCACCACCACCAACAACACCAACAACAACACCACCACCACCAACAACACCAACAACAACACCACCACCACCAACAACACCACCAACAACACCACCACCAACAACAACAACGAUCUUUCCCCCAUCUAGCCUGGGGACAAGAUCAACGACAAUCCAGUCAACAUCAGUCGGGUCAGUAUCUGCCUCAGGGGACGAUGUUGUGGCGAUCCUCCUGGCAUCUGUUCAGUCUGAUCUUGAGCUAAAUGAAACAACCAUAGAUCUAAUCCUGCAAGAGCUCCACAACCUCUAUCCUAAUCUGAACUUCACUCUAACAGUAAAGAACGUCACCAGAGUCUGAAACCUCAACCCACAAGUGUUUGGCUAGAUUUUACCAAAAAAUGUAUAAUAUCCUCUAUAACACUAUGAGAAUAAGGAGAGUUUUUUUUAAGGUGUGUAUUUAUAUUUUUUAAUUCAUGCAUUAACUAAUGCAUGAAUGUAAACAUAUGUUUCCCAGUUCUUAAAUUUCGCACUUUUAACUGUUUUGUGUUCAUCUUAGAAAAAAUAAAUUUCAAAUAUAAAUCUAAUACUUUGCAGUCAAUCAGAAAUGCAUGGAAAUAUAUAUUCUAUAUUUCCAGUAAUGAUAUAUUAAAUCCCCUUUUAAUCACCAAAGACAUAUGGUCACUGAGUUGUUGUAAAGUUCAAUAGAAGUGCAUUGAAGAAAUAAAUCAGUAAUAGCCUCAUAAUCAGACUGAAUUGUCGUUUUGUUUAACUCCACGACUUGAAUUGCUUCACAAAUCUGAUGUGGGCAGCGAUUCAGAGGUGUUGAACCAGGCCAAUGAUUCUUUUUUUGUAUUAAAGGAGCAAUAGCUGUGUUUGCGUGCCAGUUUGUUUUUCAUAUGUGGCAACGGGGUGUUGAAAUGGGUGGUGUACGGACCGGAAUGGGAAUUUCAAAGGAGAACAUACUGGCUUUAGCACUGUUCUCAGAGAAGCCAGUAUUUCAAUUCAGCAUGUUUCCUUAAUCUCUGAUGACAUAUCAUGAUCACAUUAUGAUUUAUUAUUAUAUUACAUAUUGGUCCUUUAAGUCAACUUUGUCUUUCUUUCAAAUGAUUGAGAGUCAAUAACUCUGGAUCUCCUUCUGCUCACAUUCAGUGUCAGUCUCAUGGCAUGAAGAAAACAACACAACAACAAGGUUCCUGUUCAGUUACAAACAUGUUCUGAACAGGAUGAACUGACGUGUUUCAUUGAAAGGCGACAGACAAACAUUGUCAUUAUGCAAUUAAUGCAAACUGUGACAGAACUGACAAACUAGAGGCAUUAGUGAGAAUAAAACCAGUUUUUUUUUUAUGGCGGGAGUGGCAGCAAUUUGCAGAACAUAAUGACAUAUGAAUGAAUGAGUUCCAGCCCAGCAUGACUAAACCAGCAGCAGCAGCAGAAUGUUAAAGAACCUGUAAUCUUUAUUAUCAUACUUUAUUUACUGAUGUGGAUAAAGAACAAGAUUUCUAUUGUUCUUUAUGUAGUUAGUUAUAGUU